ACAUUAUUUGAAGAUAAAUCCUUCCUUAUCCGCAAAAUUGAAGAUACUCAAGCAAAAUUUCAGGCUCAUUUGGAAAAGUGCGAACCUGAGAAGGCCGCUCUUACUGCUGAUUUUACAAGGCAACUCGAACAUGCUGCUUUUAUACAAUCCGAAUAUGAUGAAAAACUUCAAUUAUAUGAAAACAAAAUUCGUCAACUUGAGGAUAAUUUAAAUUCUAUAAAGUCUCAAAAUCCUGUUUCCGAUCAAGUAGAUGAAUUAAAACAACAAGUUCAAGAAUUGACUCAAUUACUUGAGUAUACUCAAGAUCAAUUACAAAGUGAACAAAUCUUUCAUUCCGAUCAAGAAGAAAAAUUGCAAAGUAAAAUUGUUGAAAUGGUCUCUCAACUAAAUUCUUCCCGUGGUGAAAUCGAUGAAUUACAUCAUUUACACGGUUCCGAAGUUGUUGAUUUAAAUCAUAAAAUAAAUGAAACUAUGACUCAAUUACAUGAUGCCCGUGGUGACCUUGAGAACCUUCAAGUCUUGUAUUCUUCUGAUGUGGAUAAAUUCAACAAUCAAAUACAUGAACUUGUAACUCAAUUAGAUGACACAAAGAAUGAACUUGAAAAUACUCAAAAAAAAUAUAAAUUUGAGAUUGAAGCCCUUCAAAUUAAUCAAAAAACUCUUGCCUGUGAUCAAUCUGAUGCUUUCAUUGAACUUGAUGCAAAGCAUAAAAGUGUUGUCUCGGAACUUUGUGAAUUAAAAUUAAAAUAUAACAAAAUUAUUGAAGAACAUGAAGCUUUGGUGAUUAAGCUUAAUGAAGAUCAUGCCGCUAUCAUUGCUUCAAAAGAUGAUCAUAUCAUCAAACUUAAAGAUGAAAAUUCAAAUUUAUUAAAUCAACUCUCAACCUUUAAAGAAGAAUCUCGUAAUACCUUGGACGCUGUUAAAAAACAGCUUGUAGAUGCUCAGAAUGAGAUUAUUCAUGUUGUAAACGAAAAUAAAAUUUUAACCUUAACUAAUUCGGAUUAUCUUAAAAAAAUUGCUACUCUUGAACCUUUCGCUGAGGAAGUAUCUAAACGUCUUGGUGCUGAAUCUUCCAAGAAUGCUGUAUAUCGUCGUCAUCACAAACAGGAAUCUACAAUUAAAGAUUCUGAAUGGACUGAUUUCGAAAAUAUUGGUGAAAG